AUGCGGGUCUUCCUCUCGUUGUGCGUUCUCGUCGCCUUUGCAAAUGCUGAGCACCACAUGCAGCGCCGCGUGGAGCCACGACAGAAUAGUAACCAAACUUUCGGCAUCACCAUCUCUAACCAGUGCAAAGAGACAAUCUGGCCAGGCAUCGUCACCCAGGGAGGGGAUGAACCGACAGCACAAGGCUUCGCUUUGAAUGCCGGGUCCAGCAGGACUAUCAGCGUCGCAAGCGAUUGGCAAGGCCGCGUCUGGGGACGCACAAAUUGUUCCUUCUCAAAUGGCCAGAGUCAAGGGCAAUGCACUACCGGCGAAUGCGGUCAGCUAGACUGCAGACAAGCUGGAAAUCCGCCAGCAACGCUCGCAGAGUUUACAAUGGCCGGCAGUCAGGGUCAAACCUUUUACGACAUCUCCUUGGUUGACGGUUACAAUCUCCCCAUGGCCAUUGUGCUGAAUACGGAAGGCGUCGACGCUCUCAAGAAUUACCCAGCGAAGAGCACCRACCCGUCGUGCGUGGGAACUGCCAGCAAUUUAGCUCCACAAAACUUCAAUCCUUACAGCAACAACCAGCAAUUCCUUGGCACCACCUCGUCCAGCCCGAUGGACUUUGACACCAAGAAUACCGCCAGCAGUGUUGCAAACUGGUGCCCAUGGGAUCUACAAAUCAAUCCUCCCACUACCCCUGGUAACGGCGUCUAUCCCUACCCCGAUAGCAACGUGGUGCGACCUGCAUUUAAUCCGUGUAUUGCCGCUUGCAAAAAGUACAACAAAGCUAAGUACUGCUGUACUGGACAGUAUAGUCCUGCAGGAUCCUGCUCUCCCGACUACUUCGCCAAGGCCGCGAAGAGUGUCUGCCCCGAUGCCUAUUCUUUUGCGCAGGACGACCAAACAAGCACAUUCAUCGUGCCGAUGGGCGGUAGGUUUGAGGUCAUCUUCUGCCCCGGGGGUAGGAGUACGAACAUCAUAGCUUCCAACGACAAGGUCGGCUCUUCAGGCUCUGCUUCAACCAGCUCGAAAUCCGCCUUCACGGCGAGAUGGCUUUUGAUUGACGGCAGUGCGUGGAGUGGAAAGGUCUGGUUCGCGCUCUGGGUGAUCAUGCUUGUGCCCUGGAAAUGGGGAGCUUAG